AAUGGAUUUGAGGCUAUUUUUCCUCAUUACAGUUUUAAUUCCAACAACUUUAAGUUUCUAUUUGCCAGGAUUAGCUCCAGUUAAUUUUUGUGAAUUGAAGAAUGUGAAGCCUACAUGUCCGAAUAAUGUCACCCUUUUUGUUAACAAAUUGGACAGUGAUCAAUCUGUUUUGCCCUAUGAAUAUCACAGCUUCGAUUUUUGCCUUGGUUCAGAAGACGAAUCUCCCGUUGAAAAUCUUGGUCAAGUUUUGUUUGGUGAACGUAUCAGACCAAAAGCGAAACAAUGCGCUCUUCUCUGCCAAAAAUCUUAUAAUAUGGACAACAAGGAAAAUCAACAGCGAUUCCGACUUUUACAACGAGGAAUGAGACUUAACUAUCAACACCAUUGGAUCAUUGACAAUAUGCCUGUAACCUUUUGUUUCAUUAACCAGCAAAGUAUGAAUGUUUGCACAACAGGAUUUCCUAUGGGCUGUUUUGUAACCAAGGAAGGAAAGCCUAAAGAUGCUUGUGUUUUGGAUCCGAAAUAUCGUCAACCUGACAGUUAUUAUCUUUUUAACCAUGUUGAUAUUAGAAUUGAAUACAGAGAUUUGGGCCUCGAUUCUAACUUUCUCGAUGAAAAAAUUGGUGGACGCAUAAUUCGGAUUAAGGUUCAGCCUCGAAGCAUAAAACAUGAAAAGAUAGAAGAAAUGAAUUGUGGCCAAGGAGUUGCUCCACAACCUAUUUCUAGCGGCGAUAAACAAUUUAACGUGAUAUAUUCUUAUUCUGUUGCUUGGGACCAGACAGACGUCAAAUGGUCAUCUCGUUGGGAUUAUAUUCUUGAAUCAAUGCCACAUACAAACAUUCAAUGGUUCUCAAUUAUGAAUUCUUUGGUUAUUGUUAUUUUCCUUUCUGGAAUGGUUGGAAUGAUUCUUCUACGCACUUUGCAUCGUGACAUUGCUCGUUACAAUCGUCUUGAUGACGAGGAUGCUCAAGAAGAAUUUGGAUGGAAACUUGUUCAUGGAGAUGUUUUUAGACCUCCUCGUAAUUCUUUAAUGCUUUCUGUUUUUGUUGGUGCAGGCAGUCAAGUUCUUCUUUGCGCUUUUAUUACUUUAGCUUUUGCCUGUCUUGGAUUUUUGUCACCAGCAAAUCGUGGCUCUUUAAUGACUUUUGCUUUGGUAUUUUAUGUUUUGUUUGGAAUUGUUGCUGGAUAUACAUCUUCUCGUCUUUAUAAAACAUUGGAAGGACUUGCAUGGAAAUCAAACAUUCUUUUGACGAGCUUCUUAAUUCCUGGAAUUUUGUUUGCCGUUUUCUUUGCUUCUAAUUUAAUUCUUUGGUCAAAAGGAUCUUCUGCUGCUGUUCCUUUUGGAACUUUGUGUGCUCUACUUUUCCUUUGGCUUUUUAUUUCAAUUCCGUUGACAUUUAUUGGAUCAUAUUUUGGUUUUCGAGCAAAAAGAAUCCAAACCCCAGUUAGAACAAAUCAAAUUCCACGCCAAGUUCCGGAACAGACGUUAUAUACCAAGCCUCUUCCUGGAAUGUUGAUGGGAGGAAUUCUUCCUUUUGGUUGUAUUUUUAUUCAACUUUUCUUUAUUUUGAAUAGUAUUUGGUCCCAUGAGGUUUUCUACAUGUUUGGCUUCCUCUUCAUCGUUUUUAUUAUUCUUAUCAUUACUUGCUCUGAAGCUACAAUUUUGCUUGCUUAUUUCCAUUUGUGUGCGGAGGAUUAUCAUUGGUGGUUCCGUUCAUUUAUGACUUCUGGUUUUACUGCAAUUUAUUUGUUUAUUUAUUGUGUUCAUUAUUUUAAUUCAAAAUUAACAAUAACUGGAAUUGUUUCAACAAUUCUUUAUUUUAGUUAUACGGCUAUAUUUGUCUUUUUAUUCUUUCUAAUGACAGGAACAAUUGGCUUCUUUGCAACUUAUUGGUUUAUUCAUAAAAUUUAUAGCUCUAUAAAAGUUGAUUAA